GUUGUUUUGUUUUUAUCUAAUUGGAAUCGAUAAAUUGAACAUUCGAUAAGAAUGUAAUAAUGUCCCUUGCCAUCUGGAGUGGCUGCUCAGUCUAACCGAUUUCAUUUAGCAGAAAUUUGUCGAAUUGAUUUUUCCUAUUCAAAGCGAGCACAGUGCAAGAAUAUGUCGUUCCUAAUCAGUAAAAGUUCAUUGAUUUUCAUUGUAAUUUUGAUGUGCUCUGAAGGUGAAAGUGAAAUCGACACCUUCAUUAGACUGACUUCUUCGCUCCAAUCAAUCGAUUGCCGAGAUAGUUCUAAUCAAACUAUUCCUGUCGACAUCCAAUCCCGCAACCAACCAUUUAGUAUAAGUGAUCUGUCGAAUGGAAGUAUCAAAAUUGUCUUUGAUGAGAUUCCACGCGAUCACGUUCUCUUAACGUUCAACAGCGAUCAAUCGAAUGUGCAUGCUAGCAAUGACAUCGACUGCUGGAGUCCCAUCAAUGAUUCGAUGGUUGUGGAUAAGUUAUACGAUGGUGAGACGCAAAUGUUUUGUCUGAUGGAAAAGGAUGCUAGCACCGUUUCUCCGCUGGACUGUUUGUCUAUUUUACCGAGAAAUAGUGCGUCAGAUUCAGAUUCGGUUUGGCUUACUGAAGAUGAUAAGUCGUUGGCAAUCGGUUUGUUGGUAAUGGGACUGGUUAUUUGCUUGGGCGUUGGUUUCGCGUUUGGCCUGCUUAUUGUGAAGCGGCAAGCAAAGGCUCAAAAUUAUGGCAAGCAGAGUGGUUUGGCACGGCCAGAUCUGAUUUCGUCCGAUUGGAGAAGUAGCAAAGCCAAUGAAUCGUAUCCGUACAGUGACAAUGAUACGAUAAGCGUUGCAAGCGACCAAUAUGUGGCAGCCGUGAAUCCGUCACGUUUUGAUUUGAUCAAAAUGAGAUUGGAAAAGUCCGAAAAACCAGAGCAGAAUGAAGGUCAAAAUCAAUAUGACUUGGAGGACAUGCCGUAUUCAAAGGCACCAUCAGCACCAGAAGGUUUUCGAGACUCCGGCAUAUCGACAGGCGGUCCAAUUUACGCAAUAUCGGCGAAAGUAAAGGAACGAAACGAUCUGCUAGAUAAUGUUACUCCCGAAGACCUGUAUCUCUGUGUGGACCACGACGAAAAUGCCAAAAAGAAUGAAUAAAAUGCCGGCAAACAGUAGACACAGUUGUGAGAACUACAAUACUAUAAAUCGUAUACUAAAUUUAAUGAAAUCAAAUUUUGGGUUUUAUU